AUAAAUGUUUUUGUUAUGCAUAUGGAUUUUGAUCCAUUUGAACUAUACAGAUUAGAAAUUAUAGAUAGUUUACUAAGGAUUUCGAUAAAAAUUUAGAUGCCGUUUAUGUAUAUUAACUUUGAAACUUUUUAAGAUGGCAUGUUUUUUCUUAGAAUUGGUUUUACAUUUGAGAUAUUUUCAGACGAACCAUUUUUCAUAUCCAUUUUUGAUUUGGGUCAAAAAAGUGUUGCUCUUCUUUCUUUGAUUCAUAAGUACGAGAUGUAGUUAAGACGAUCUGGACCGAAGAUAUAUAACCCCAUUAGUUGAAAGGAUCUUGACUCUUGAGGUUAUGGCUCUACUAACUGAUAACUUGCUUCGUUGUUUAGGACAGUAAGAAAUUGAAUCUUCGCCCCUUUGUUUAGAGUCACAGAUAUGAUCCAAAAAAUUUAAUAGAAACCGAUCAAAAAAUCUGAACUAAAAUCGAAUCAAGAUCUAAAAAUAUCUAAAGGGAUAUACAAAAAGAGAGAUUGGAUUUUCGAACACAAACACUAAUAUCCAAAUUCAAAUGAAAAUCUAAAGAUAACCGAAUAUAUAUAAAACCGUAUACUUUAUUUUCAGUUUACUUUUUUCAUUUUGUUCAAAAUAUUUUAUAUUAAUGAUGCAUAUGGCUUAAUAUCAGAUAUUAAACAUAUAAUUACGGAUAAAGUGAUUUGCUACUAAUUUAAAAUGUAUGUUAACUUUCUUGUUUUAUGCAUUAGCAUAAGUUACAUUAAAAUUCUCAAAACAAUAACUAGAUAAAUGUUUUUCCAAAAUUUUAUCUCAUAACUUAUUAAUUGUCCAACCUAUUAAAUUUUAGAAAAUAAGUUAAGUUAAUAGUAAAUUUUGAAGUACAAAAAAUUUGAGUAAUAAAGAACUUUUUUCCAAAGUUUAAAUAUCUGAAUCCAAUCUAAUAUAUAAGAACAUACCCAGAUGAGUUUUAAACCUUUAAAGUUCAAGACCCAAAAUACAUUAUCUGAAUCUGAAUAGGUAUUAGAACACGUAGGUCUAGUUCAGAGUUUGAGACUUCUUUUUUUUUUUACGACGAACAGCUGUUAUCAUCACUCAAUUUUGUGGAAUUUAAAAGACCAGGCUUGGGAUAUGCAAUUAAACUGAAGCUAGUAAGAAGUAUUUUCUGAAGAACUAAAAGUUUCUAAUAACAAUAGGAUAAAGGCAAAGGAUGUCAUCCUUGGGGAACUCUUUGCAACGCCAAGAUGCACUAGCGCUUGUGAACUCCAUGUUCUUUAAUUAGAAGUUUUGAAUAUUGGGUUUGAGGUUAUUUCUGGUCCUUACAAUUAUUGAAUCUUGGGUGACUAUUAUUAUCAGGCUUUGAACGACAAGAAAAGUAUUGCAGUUUAAGUCUGUCUUAUGUUCUUUUGUGAUUCUGUUCAUGUAGUCACUAAAUCUAAUUAAUUACCAAUAAAGGUUAGCUUUAUCUUCUUCUUUUCCUCCUUGGCAUAUGUUUUUCUUAUAAUCAUCUUCACAGGAUCUUCAAUUAAACUCACAUACGUGAUGAUGAAUAGUUUAAGGGUAAUAUUUGGGAAGUGCAUGAAAUCCGGUCAAGUACUUUACUUAAAAGGCAAGGCAUUCAACCACUUGAGAGUUGAGAUACAUUUUUGUCCAUGGUCCUUUCCUAUUCAUUUUCAAUUUGAUAAAAAAAAAAUGUUAAAUUGAUAUUUCCGUUUAUUGUUCACAGUUUCAAUUUUUCAUUUUUUUCACUAUUUUAUCUUAUUUUAAGGUUGAUAUUUGUUUCUACUCAAACAAGGCAGCACUUUAACACUUUAUUGAUUUUCUUUAGGCCUUCGAUAAUUCAGGACGGUUCUCCUGAUUGUAGACUUUCUAGUUUCAUACUUUUUGAUAUGCAUCAAUACAUGGUCAGAUCUAACCACCUUAGCUAGAAAGUUUCAAUAACUUAUAUUGACCUGUCCGAUGACUCUAGUAAGUCAAUCUAUACUAUAUCUCAAUAAAUGUCAACACUUAAUUAAGUUUACGUAAGGACCCAACUACGAAGCAGUUACAAUGAAAAUUUCCCUGCAUGUUCCUGAUCAUUGUUAUAACACGCAAAUAUGUAUAGACGCGUUAAGCAACUUAUGCCGCAAGAACUUCAGACGUAUAUUGUCUAUAUAUUUUUGUUUUUUUGAGCAACUCGUGUAUUGUCUAUAUAUAACAAUCGAAAUCUUGUAUUGCCUACACGUUAAUUAGAAACACUUACGAGAGAAAAGCUUCAUUUACUCCCCGAGAGGUUCCAUAAAAUGGCCAAGAAAAUCUUGAUGUCGGUAAAUAUGAGGUGCCAAAAAUGUCGCUCAGCAGCUCUUAAGAUCGGAGGCCAAACCACUGGAGUGACUUUUGUGGGGUUAGAAGGAGAAGAUAAAGAUCAAGUGGUGGUGAUCGGUGAAGGAAUCGACGCCGCCGGUUUGGUCCUCCGGCUACGCAAGAAAGUCGGUUUUGCUGACCUUAUUAGCGUCACUGAUGUUGACACUUCCUAGAAUAAAAGCGAAAUCAUCUUUCCCACUUUUUUUUUUGCAAUCCUUUUCAGUAAUCAUACCCUUUUUUUCUCGAUGAAGUCUGUUUCACUAAUCUUCUUUCUCUUUCGCACCAUUGCUAUCAUUCCACUGUUUCUUUAUUCAAAUAGUUACUUGUAUAGUUAUAACAUAGUGUUAAAAAGGACUAUCUUAAUUCUUAUUUUUGUUUUUUCUUUGUUUUUCAAA